AUGGACUCGUCGACGAGGCAGGGGCUCACAAACACCUCGUACGAUCACCGCAAGCGUGCCGCACUCGCCCUCGAGCCAGUGUUGCGCGAAUUGGCCACGAACAGGACGCAGGAGAAUGAGCAGAAGCUAAGGCUGUACAUCGUCCAGCUCGUCGAGCUGGCGGGGACGAGGCUGCAGUCGAGCACUGCGACGACGACGAACAGGAGCGGCGGGAUCAUGGGUCUGGCUUCCCUAGCUAUCGCCCUCGGACCACGUCUUGCCGACUUUCUCGGCGCCAUCAUCCGCCCCGUUCUCGCCUGCUUCGAAGACCACGACUCGAAGCUGCGAUACUAUGCCUGCGAGAGUUUGUACAACAUUGCGAAAGUUGCGCACGGCGAGAUCCUCGUCUACUUCAACGAGCUCUUCGAUGCUCUCGCCAAGCUCGUUUCGGAUGUCGACCCCUCCGUCAAGAACGGCGCCGAGCUGCUCGACCGUCUUCUCAAAGACAUCGUCACCGAGCAAGCGUCAACCUACGUCUCGCUCGCCAACUACUCCGAAGAAGAGGACGAGGACUACAGCCUGAUGAGUGCGCGCGAGAUCCGCGAAAAAGUCCGGCAACGCGACGGCUCGCCUUCUCGAUCCGCCCCCUCCGCCCCAUCCGCCAUCAAGCCUCCUUCACGGGCCUUCUCCCUCUCACGCUUCAUUCCCCUCCUCCAAGAACGUUUCGCCGUCCUCGACCCCUUCACACGCACCUUCCUCAUCUCAUGGCUGAUCGUGCUCGACUCGGUCCCCGAACUCGAGUUGAUCUCGUACCUCCCCGAGUUCCUGGGCGGGUUGUUGGCGUACCUUGGAGACCCGACGCCUGAAGUGAGGAACGGCGCUGAGGGACUGUUGAGGGAUAUGUUGUGCGAGACGAGGGAGGUUAGGGAGAUUGAGGUUGAUAGGUUGUUGGCGAAGCGGGAGAAAUGGGCGAAGGAAGUGGACAGGAAGCGACGGCGACCGAGCGAGGCAAAGACGGUGACGGUGACGGACACGGACAACGGAGGAGACGAUGCGGGAGCGGAACAAGGAGGGAAGGGCACGCCGACGCCUCGCUCGGGCGGUCAGAAGGUUGAAUCGGGUCGAGCGGACGACUAUGCGCUUGCUGAUAGCGAUGAAGAGUACGAGGAGGAGGUCGAUGGAUCGCAGGAGUGGAUCCCGGGCCAAGGCGUCAAGAUCGACUAUCCCGCCGUUGUCGAGAUCCUCGCCGAGACCGUCAGCUUUCCAGACGAACAGAUCCAGCGGACCUGCCUCGACUGGCUCUCGCAGUUCCUCCAGUUCGUCCCAGGCGUUGUCGUCCCCUUCGUCCCGCGCCUCAUUCCCGUCAUCCUCUCGGCACUCGCACAUCACGUCCCCGAGAUCGAGCACGUCGCGCAAAACACGAACGACCUGCUGUACACGGUCGUGUGGUCUCUCCCUGUCGACUCGCCUCUUCCGCCGGGCGCGUCUCUCUCGCCGUCGGCUACCCAGCCAAAUCUCGCCCAGCCUUCCACGCAUGUGCCAGACCGCGCAUCUGCAGCGUCUCCUCCACCCUCCUCCUUCCCCUUUCCCACAGCUUCGGCAGCAACGCCUCGCCCAGGUCACGACCGGCACAAGCCCGGCAGCGAUGCCGCAAGCCACCUGCAUCACCACGCCUCGGCUACCGCUCUCACCUCAAUCACCUCCGCCACCUCGACCCUCACCGUCUCUCCACCGUCCGAAGACUCCAACCUCGCUCCUCCGCCGGACCUCAUCGACCCGUACGAGCCGGACGGCCGCCAAUUCCAGUACGGCUUGACGGUCAACGAGUUGACGUUGCAGUUUCUGAGCGAUAGCGAGGAGACGAGGGUUGCGGCGCUUGAGUGGCUGUUGAUGCUGCAUCAGAAGGCGCCGAGGAAGACCCUCGUUGGCGACGACCCGUCCAUCCAAGCUCGCCGCGAUCGACCUUCUGCCCAGCAAGGCGGCGGCCGGCAGCGAGACCUUUCCGCCUCGUCGACCUCUUCCGGCCUCUCUCUCGCCGUCCUCCUCAAGCUCCUCUCCGACCCAUCCGACCGCGUCCUCCGUUCCGACCUGGUACUCCUCGCCCAGAUCAGCUCGAUUGGCGAUGGAGACGGAGGAGACGACUACUUCGCCGGCUUGAUGACGAGCCUUCUUGAGUUGUUCAGCACAGACAGGAAGCUGCUCGAGACGAGGGGGAGCCUCAUCAUCCGCCAACUCUGCGGCAGCUUGAACGCCGAGAGGAUCUACCGGAUUUGUGCCGAGAUCCUCGAGAAGGACGAGGACCUCGAAUUCGCGAGCAUCAUGGUCCAGAAUCUCAACCUCAUCAUGAUCACCUCGCCGGAACUGAGCGAGUUCCGCAAGCGCCUGCGAACGCUCGACUCGAAGGAUGGUCAGAACCUCUUCGUCACCCUCUAUCGCUCAUGGUCGCACAACGCCGUCGCGACUUUCACACUCUGCUUACUCGCUCAGGCAUACGAGCAAGCCAGCGCUCUGUUGCAGAUCUUCGCCGAACUCGAGAUGACCGUUCCGAUGCUCAUCCAAAUCGACAAGCUCGUUCAGCUCAUCGAGUCGCCCGUCUUCACCUCUCUUCGACUCCAGCUUCUCGAGCCAGAGCGGUACCCGUACCUCCUCAAGGCGAUGUACGGUCUUCUCAUGCUGCUGCCGCAGUCAAGCGCUUUUGCGACGCUGCGCAACCGGCUGAGCGCCGUGAGCUCUCUCGGAUUCCUGCAGACCGUUCCUCGAGCGUCGGUCAUCUCGCCCUCCGCCAUUCGCACCAGCGGCGGUCUACCGUCAUCAGCAUCCGCGGGCACCGGUCCCGUCUCGUCCCUCGCUCGCGGCGCACGUACCGAUAUUGCGACGCCAGACCCUCCUUCGAUCCGAUGGAACGAGCUCCUCGCGCACUUCCGGCAAGUCCAGAAGCGCAGAGCGGCAGCCCUGUCGUCGACAUCGGGCGGUUCGACCGCAGCGGGACCAGCGCCGGCAGGACGCGGGCCGACACUUGCCAGUCCGCACUCCGCCAGUGCUGGCUACGGAACCGUUCGAGGCGGCUUUGAUGGCUACGAAGCCUCGGACACGACCUCUAUGCGCGGAGUGAGCGGAGGGUACGGCGGAAGCAGCACAGUGGGAGGGUCGCGUUUCGUUGGUACGGCCACCAAGCGAGGUACGGCGCCGACCUCGUCGCACCACCCGUUCCAAGCCAGUAGCAGGUCAGGCGACACGGCCAGCAUGGCGUCGAGUACGCUGAGCGGCGGACGAAGAGGAGGACCGAUCGUUGCCGCCGCUUCGGCGGUGCAGCGAGCUCUCAGUCCGACGAUGCAGGGUACGAAGAGCAGAAUUGGGAGUGCGUCGAAUGGCCGCGGAGCAGCGGCUGGCCCGAGGCGGAGUUGA